AUGUCUGCCGAAGUUCCUUCUAAACUCAAGCUCUGGGGAGGCCGAUUCACUGGCGCCACCGAUCCCCUCAUGAACCUGUACAAUGCGUCUCUGCCUUACGACAAGAAGAUGUACGAAGCUGAUCUCGAGGGUACCCGAGUGUACACUGCGGCUCUGCGAAAGCUCGACAUUCUCAACGACCACGAGCUAAGCGAGAUUCACCGAGGUCUGGAAGAGAUCAAGAAGGAGUGGGCCGCCGGCACCUUCAAGGAAGAGGAGGGAGACGAGGACAUUCACACUGCCAACGAGCGACGACUGGGCGAGAUUAUUGGCCGAGACAUCUCUGGCAAGGUGCACACUGGCCGAUCUCGAAACGAUCAAGUCGCUACCGACAUGCGACUGUAUGUGCGAAAGGAGCUGGGAGAGAUCCGAAACCUGCUGGCCGACUUCAUCAAGGUGCUUAUCAACCGAGGUAAGACUGAGAUGGACGUGCUCAUGCCGGGAUACACCCAUCUUCAGCGAGCCCAGCCCAUCCGAUGGGCCCACUGGCUUUCAUCUUACGCUACUUACUUCACCUCCGACCUGCAGCGACUGGACCAGCUCAUUGAGCGAGUCAACAUGUCUCCUCUGGGCUGUGGAGCUCUGGCUGGCCACCCCUUUGGCAUUGACCGAGAGUACAUUGCCACCGAGCUUGGCUUUGGCGGCAUCAUCGGUAACUCCCUUGUUGGUGUCGGUGACCGAGACUUUGUCACCGAGACUCUCUUCUGGGGCUCUCUGCUCAUGAACCACAUUUCUCGAUUUGCUGAGGAUCUCAUCAUCUACUCCACUGCCGAGUUUGGCUUCAUCCAGCUUGCCGAUGCCUACUCCACCGGUUCUUCUCUCAUGCCCCAGAAGAAGAACCCGGACUCUCUGGAGCUUCUUCGAGGCAAGUCUGGCCGAGCUUUUGGCCAGCUGGCCGGCUUCAUGAUGUCCGUCAAGUCCACUCCUUCCACCUACAACAAGGAUCUGCAGGAGGACAAGGAGCCCCUGUUUGACAACCUCACCACCGUGUCUCACUCCAUCCAGAUUGCCACCGGCGUCAUGUCCACCCUCUCCAUCAACAAGGAGAAGAUGGAGGGUGCUCUUACCAUGGACAUGCUGGCCACCGAUCUGGCCGACUACCUGGUCCGAAAGGGCGUCCCCUUCCGAGAGACCCACCACAUCUCUGGUGAGGCUGUUCGAACUGCCGAAGAGCUCAAGGUGUCUGGUAUCGACAAGCUGACCCUGGAGCAGUACAAGAAGAUUGACGAGCGAUUCGAGGAGGACGUUGCCAAGGUCUUUGACUUUGAGCAGUCUGUCGAGCGACGAACCGCCAUUGGAGGAACUGCCAAGUCCGCCAUUCUCCAGCAGUUUGAUGCUCUUGAGAAGGCUCUCUAA